UUGGCUGCUCAGCGAGGACGCCGCUUUGCCGCCUCCGCUGGCUUCUCCAAAGGGGGAGGGGGAAAACAGAAUUAGAAUAAAAGGGGGGCCCGGGUCUGCGCCGAGGUAAAGCAUGGCUGCCAAGCCAAACAAUGGAUCGGUGGCUCUAACCAAGAGAGCUGAUCCGACUGAGUUGAAAACAAUAUUUUUGAAGUAUGCAAGCGUUGAGAAAAAUGGUGAAUUUUACAUGUCCCCCAAUGACUUUGUCACACGGUUUCUGAAGAUCAUAGGAGAUGGCAUACCCAAUCCCAACACUGUCCAGUUGCUGGGAGGUGUGGUGGAUCAGACUAAAGACGGGUUGAUAUCCUUUCAAGAAUUUGUAGCAUUUGAAUCUGUCCUCUGUGCUCCAGAUGCAUUGUUCAUGGUGGCAUUCCAACUUUUUGACAAAACUGGAAAAGGAGAAGUGACUUUUGAGGAUGUUAAGCAAGUCUUUGGCCAGACCACGAUUCACCAGCAUAUUCCCUUUAACUGGGACUCAGAGUUUGUGCAACUGCAUUUUGGCAAAGAUCGGAAAAGACGCCUAACGUAUGCAGAGUUCACCCAGUUCCUACUGGAAAUCCAACUGGAACAUGCGAAGCAAGCUUUUGUACAGAGAGAUAACACACAAGCUGGAAGAGUCACUGCCAUUGACUUUAGAGACAUCAUGGUCACAAUCCGGCCUCAUAUGUUGACACAUUUCGUUGAAGAAUGUCUAGUAGCUGCUGCCGGAGGUACCACUUCCCACCAAGUCAGCUUUUCCUAUUUUAAUGGAUUUAAUACUCUUCUUAAUAACAUGGAACUCAUUAGAAAAAUCUAUACUACUCUGGCUGGUCAUAGAACAGACGUGGAAGUUACUAAAGAGGAGUUUGCUCUGGCAGCUCAGAAAUUUGGCCAGGUUACACCCAUGGAAGUUAACAUCUUGUUCCAGUUAGCAGAUUUAUAUGAGCCACGGGGACGCAUGACAAUGGCUGACAUUGAAAGAAUUGCACCUUUGGAGGAAGGCACGUUGCCUUACAACCUCGCUGAAGCCCAGAGACAGAAAGGUCCAGGUGAUGUGUCCAGGCCUAUUCUUGUCCAAAUAGCAGAAUCUGCAUACAGAUUUGCCCUUGGUUCAGUUGCUGGAGCUGUUGGAGCUACUGCAGUAUACCCCAUUGAUCUGGUGAAAACUCGGAUGCAGAACCAGCGCUCCACUGGGUCAUUUAUUGGGGAGCUGAUGUACAAGAACAGCUUUGAUUGCUUUAAGAAAGUGCUACGUUAUGAAGGAUUCUUUGGUCUCUACAGAGGUCUUUUGCCACAAUUAUUGGGUGUAGCCCCGGAAAAGGCUAUUAAACUUACUAUGAACGAUUUUGUGAGAGACAAAUUCAUGCUCAAAGAUGGUUCUGUUCCUCUCCCAGCAGAAAUUCUUGCUGGCGGCUGUGCUGGAGGAUCUCAAGUAAUUUUCACAAACCCAUUAGAAAUUGUCAAGAUCCGCUUGCAAGUGGCUGGAGAGAUUACAACUGGCCCCCGUGUUAGUGCCCUUACUGUGUUGCGGGACCUGGGGUUUUUUGGCCUCUACAAGGGAGCCAAGGCCUGUUUUCUUCGUGACAUUCCCUUCUCUGCCAUUUACUUUCCCUGCUAUGCUCACAUGAAAUCUGCUUUUGCAAGUGAAGAUGGACGAGUGAGUCCUGGAUAUUUGCUUUUAGCUGGAGCAAUAGCUGGUAUGCCCGCUGCUUCCUUGGUGACUCCUGCAGAUGUCAUCAAGACGAGGUUACAAGUGGCAGCCCGCGCAGGACAAACAACUUAUAGUGGUGUCAUUGACUGCUUCAGAAAGAUCCUACAGGAGGAAGGUCCAAGGGCUUUUUGGAAAGGAGCUGCAGCUCGUGUGUUUCGGUCCUCUCCUCAGUUUGGGGUGACCCUGGUGACUUAUGAGCUGCUACAGAGGUGGUUUUACGUUGAUUUUGGAGGAGUAAGACCAGCAGGAUCCGAACCAGUUCCAAAAUCCAGGAUCACUCUGCCUGCUCCAAAUCCUGAUCAUCUUGGGGGCUAUAAACUGGCUGUUGCCACAUUUGCUGGAAUCGAAAAUAAAUUUGGACUUUACUUACCUCGGUUUAAGGCCACACCAUCCAGUCCUCAGGCAGCCUCGGUUUGAUCCUGGAGCAAUGACUUACUUCUCCCAAGGACUGGGAAAGAGCCAUACAGCUGAUCAAUCUCAAUAGCUCAUUCUUUCAGCUAUUCUGUCUAAUCUGCCUCUCUUCUCUCUCCAUGCCGCUUACUUUUAGGUGUAAAUCAUUGGUCUGUGUGCAUCUUGAAUCAGAUCACUGUGAAAUUCUGCUAAUAGUUUAUUGGUUUGGGUCCAUGAAUGUAUUUUGUUUUCUACUUGGCAUACCUUGGGAUUUGUGAAUGUAAUUGCACCUGUUUGAUAAAAGCCAUGAAAAUAUAAUUCAAUUUGUUCUCCUUGGGGAACCUGCUGGUGGCCAAACCAAGAAAGUCCGGGAAUGUAGUUAUCAGGUGAGCACUAUAUUGCCAAUGCAGCUACAUUAGAACUUGGAAAAGUUAAUGUUCGGCCUCAGACCUAGAAUCCUAGAAAUUACAUUUUAGACUACAGCUGUCCAUACUACCUGGAAAAAUUACUAUUCAACUCCUAGGGUUUCAUAUUGGAUAUACACAUACCCCAGAAAGAAUGGCGCUUGGUGCACAACAAUAUAGUCCAUGUGUGCAUACUGUAGUGAACUGUGCUGGAGUCACUGGAUGUGACAUGCAUAACACGCACAAGUUGCAUUCCUGAAUUGUAUUGGGAAGCCUUUAUGGGGAACAUGUUUAUGUAAAACCAUGACAACCAAAGUUUAGCCAUUUUAUUCUGUUCCUGGAGUAGGACUGCUCACAGGGGUAGGAAGUGGGCUGAGAAAUGCCAUUUUCUUUAGACCAUCCACUUUAUGGAAAAAUGCCUGAGCAUCAUACCAUGUGCAUUAGUCUGUCAGCAACAGGCGCAUUGAAAGAGGUCGCUAUAAGUCCUUCAUCCCUUCUUGUGCUGUUUAGCUUCAGGCUUCUGCGCACGACACACACACACACCCCCUUGACAUAAAUGGAGGCUGCGCCCAUGGGUUUGCAGUCUGACUGUGCUGAUAUUCAAAUUCGUGUUUUGUGUUCUGCACUUCUAGAGUAACUGCUGCUUGUUGAAAUAAACGCAAUAGGAAUAAAAAAUAAAAUCCAUGCAUUGUAUCAAUGGUGAUCUGCCUUAACUGCCAGCUUGUAAUUGGACAAAUUCUUCUUACCUUUGUUGAAUUAAAAAGAAGAUUUUUAUAUAAAAAUUAACCAGAAUAAAAUAUUUUUGAAUA